CGGAAAUGGCCAAAAACCUCGUAAAGCAAAGCCCACCCGCGACUAAUCGACGCCAUUAGCGAGAGCACGAGGGGUCGAAGUACAGUACAGCGCUAGGCAUCGCACGCGAACCUUCCCCUCCUCCUCCCCCGCUCCCGGACUCCAGAGCCACCAGAUGGCCUCGCUUCUGUAGAAUCCCACAAAUCCGGCCCGCGAUUUGACCAGGACUGGUAGGUAGCCUCGUCCGUCUGGUGUAGUAAGGCGACUGCGCUGAUGGCGGCGGUGGCGGAGGGCUCGCGCGCGGCUUCACAGGCGGCCUCCGCGGCGGCCGCGGCCGCGGCGAAGGAGUCGGCGUACCAGAAGGACGUUCAGAAGCUGGUGGACCUACUUUCAAACCUGAACCCGGCCGCCAGGGAGUUCGUCCCGUCCUCGGCGGCGCCGCCGUCCAAAAAGGCGCUGUCGGCGGAUGCGCCCGUGUUCGACUACUGCUCGAUCGGAGGAGCGAAUGGGGGGAGCAGGGACUCCGGCGUCGACUCCACGUACAUUGGGAAUCAGCAGCACAAGAUGAGAAGUGGAUACAUCAAUCAUGGAAGGAGGAGAAUGAAUGAGAGAGCGAGACGUGCAGACAGGGAGGACAGCAUUCGCCGAACGGUUUAUGUCUCUGAACUGGACCAUACCGUGACGGAGGAAAGACUUGCUGAUAUCUUUGCUAAUUGUGGGCAAGUUGUCGACUGCAGAAUUUGUGGUGAUCCCCACUCUGUUCUGAGGUUUGCAUUCAUUGAAUUCUCUGAUGAAGAGGGUGCAAGGGCUGCACUUAACCUUGGUGGCACAAUGCUUGGUUUCUACCCUGUUAGAGUCUUGCCUUCGAAGACAGCUAUCUUACCCGUGAAUCCCAAAUUUCUUCCAAGGACGGAGGAUGAGAAAGAAAUGGUCAUACGGACGAUUUAUUGUACAAAUAUAGAUAAGAAGGUUACUCAAUUAGAUGUAAAGAGUUUCUUUCAAGAACUUUGUGGUGAGGUCUCUCGUUUGAGACUUCUAGGCGAUAAUGUACAUUCUACAAGGAUUGCUUUUGUUGAGUUUGUGAAUGCUGAGGGUGCUAUCAUGGCUCUGAAUUGCAGUGGGAUGAUUUUAGGCACACUGCCUGUCAGGGUGAGCCCUUCCAAAACCCCAGUGAAGCCGCGUAUCAAUCGAGUGCCGUCUAAUUGACUGCUUGGGCCAUACUGGAUCGUUAACGGGAAGAUUGCUUGACCAUCACCUACAGGCUUCCGCGAUCCAGUGAAACAACACUUUUUUUUUUGCUUACAUCCUUAUGAGUGAAGGGGAUUUCUUCCUUUUAAUCUUCUUCCGCAAAGCUGUUGGAAGAGACUGACUAAAUCAGAUCCUCCAGAACUGGCAUCUCGCAGACAAAUCUGUGAUGGAUGAGACAAUCAUUAGAAAAUCCUUGUUAUCAGACUAAUGUCUGUGGCUUCAACUUUUUACCUUGUUAUUUCAGCGGCUAUCACUGUUAGACAAAAAAAAAGGAAUGCUGCUUAACGUCUUUACCUGGGGCCGAGUAUUA